GCACCAGCAGACAAACAUGUUACGAAUAUGUUCUCCCCUGCGUUCCCUGCAGUGCCCUUGAGCUCCAUCCGAUCAAUAUCUUUCCUGUUUCGUCUUAUAUGUUGGCAAACAGCUGAGAUGGUCUUGCCACCUGCCACAUCUUCACCAGGCGAGAAAACGUCUCUGUUUGCUGCAGUUUAUUGUUUUGCUGACUCUGGGACAGAAAUCCCGGUGCUGACCCAACUUCCAGACAUCCCAGUCCCGACAUAGCUUCGAGCCAAACAUGCAAAGGUGCAGCUUGAGUCACAGGGACAUCUUUCAUCUGGAAUCCACUGUAAUAUUUUUUUAGAGAUUAUCUUGAGUAAAGAUUCUUCCAGUGACUGUCCUUCCUUUUUGUGGAAGUCCAUGGUUGGUGAAUUAACAGGAAUUCAGUUGAAGUCUCGGCUGCGACAUAGUUAGCUCAUGGCAAUGGCAUUGACCUCGCGGCUGGUUCUGGUCACUCUGGUGGCGUUCUUGGCAUUUCAUGGCACCCGAGCCAAACAGUCGUCUGUGAGCAGGGACCGUUACCGAUUGUACCAGGAUGCGAAGCGGCCCGUGGAGGACCGAAUCCAGGAUCUACUCUCCCGCAUGACACUUCUGGAGAAGAUAGGACAGAUGACGCAGACAGAGCGCACCGUUACCAAUCACACUAAUAUUAGGGAAUUCGGACUCGGAAGUAUCUUGAGUGGAGGAGGAAGCGCUCCGGCCGAGAAUGCAAGUGUGUUUCAAUGGGACAAUAUGACCAACUACUUUCAGAGGGCUGCCAUGAGCUCACGCUUGCAAAUUCCAAUUAAUUACGGGAUUGAUGCAGUUCACGGCAAUAACAACAUCUACGGUGCUACAAUCUUCCCUCACAACAUUGGCCUCGGUUGCACAAGGGAUUCCGACUUAGUGGAGCGCAUUGGGACGGCCACAGCUCUGGAGAGUCGGGCAACGGGAAUUUCAUACGUCUUUGCUCCUUGCAUUGCGGUUUGUCGGGAUCCAAGGUGGGGACGGUGCUAUGAGAGUUACAGUGAAGACCCGGAGAUUGUGAGGAACAUGACAUCCCUGAUCGAUGGUUUGCAAGGCAGGGCUCCUCCCGGAUGGGAUGGCCCCUACGUAGAGAGUAGCGACAGGGUGGCCGCGUGUGCCAAACAUUUUGUGGGUGACGGAGGCACAACUGACGGAAUCAACGGAAACAACACCGAAGUUAGCUACGAUGAGCUAGUGAACAUUCACAUGAAGGCCUACAAAGAUGCUAUUGACAAAGGAGUGACAACUAUCAUGGCGUCUUACAGCAGCUGGAAUGGGGUGAAAAUGCACGCCAACCAUUUCCUGUUGACUAAAGUGCUAAAGGAGCAGCUGGGUUUCAAGGGUUUCAUCAUCUCGGAUUACAUGGGUAUCGACCAGAUCACUGAUCCACCGGGAGUUAACUACACGUACUCUGUUUACGCUGGCAUUCAAGCCGGCCUGGACAUGAUAAUGGUUCCUUUCGCGUACGACCAGUUCAUUGGAAACUUGACCCAAAUGGUGAAGAGCGGCUUAAUUCCCAUGUCUCGUAUUGAUGAUGCGGUCACGCGCAUCCUGCGCGUCAAAUUCCAGUUGGGCCUUUUUGAGCGCCCUUAUUCUGAUAACAAGCUCAAGUUGAGUGUCGGCCACGAUUGGCACAGGCAAUUGAGCAGAGAGGCAGUGCGCAAAUCUCUUGUUUUAUUGAAGAAUGGAAUCUAUCCGGGGUCGCGCCUUCUUCCAUUAAACAGACAUGCGAAGAAGAUCCUUGUGGUUGGCUCUCACGCUAACGACAUUGGAUUGCAAUGUGGAGGAUGGACGAUUCAUUGGCAAGGAGGCUUUGGGGACAUAACCCCUGGCACAACAGUCCUGCAGGGAAUUCAGCAGGCUGUCUCUCCCACCACCGAAGUGGUGUACUCCGAGAGGGCUAAGAAGAGUCUUAUCAAGGACCAAGACUUUGAUUACGCCGUCGUCGUGGUUGGAGAACCUCCAUAUGCCGAAAGCCAAGGGGAUAAUACCAACCUUACCAUCCCUCUUAUGGGCACCCACGCCAUCCGGAACACCUGCCGCUACGUAAGAUGCGUGGUGGUGAUCAUCUCCGGAAGGCCUUUGGUGAUCGAGCCAUACCUGCCUAUGAUGGAUGCUCUUGUUGCAGCAUGGUUGCCUGGAACGGAGGCGGGCCUCGGCAUCGCAGACGUUCUCUUCGGCGCUUACGAUUUCACAGGAAAGCUCUCAAGAACGUGGUUCCGAAGCGUAGAUCAGCUGCCCAUGAAUGUGGGCGAUAAGUAUUACGAUCCUCUGUUUCCGUUCGGCUUCGGCUUAUCCAUGGGAAUCGACGGGACAAGGAAUUAACAAUGCGCAUCCUUUUCUGUCCUCCGAGCUGCCUACUACGAGACAUCAAAUUGACCCUACAAAACCUCAUGCGUGAUAGGAUAUGGAGGACAUGCGGUACCACCAAUUUAUUUGUGAUGCUUAUUCAAUAGUUUCAAAAGUAGUGUGGAAUUAGCACAAACUUUCCACUUAUUAUCCCGCUACAAAGAACGGGUGCAGGAAAGUUUAUUGGUACUCCAAUCGAUUGUUUGAUAGAUUCUUCAUAGUAAUAAGAUGCAGACGAAGCUAUCUACUAACCUCCUUUCUCUAGACGCUCUCUGUUUGCAGCGUGAAGUAUCUCGUCGUCGGCUACAUGGAGAUAAGUUAAGAGUUGUUCAAUUUGCUUGUUAACAAUGUUUUACAGCCAACAUGGCUCAAAUAGCUGUUCUCUGACGUGAAGACCGUAGAAAAUUGAACAGUAUGAUGUGAAAAAGCCCAUUUUAAUGCUACUAUCUAUGGCUAUUCUUUGUUCACAGUCCGAUUCUACGGAUCUUUUCCACA